UUUCUCCACCACUCUUUCAACAAAAGCCCGCAUGGCGGGGAAUCCGUUUCUUGUGCCAUCAGAACCAUCCAGGAGGAACACAAUAUCCUUCCUGUCGGUGUCGGCUAAGAAAGACAGGAAGAAGAAAAGUGCCUCAGUGGAGGCUGUGGUUAUUGACGUCACCCCGGAAUCACCAACUGUACUUGCCGACACCGACAGGAAGGAUAUUGUGUUCCUCCUGGAUGGUUCUGAUGGCACAAGAAACGGAUUCCCCGCCAUGCGGGCUUUUGUUGAAAGAGUGGUGGAGAAACUGAAUGUGGGAGAAAACAAAGACCGCUUGUCGGUGGUCCAGUACAGCAGAGAUGCAGAGGUCCAUUUCUAUCUGAACACGUAUAGCACCAGGGAGGAUGCUGUGGAUGCGGUCAGAGGGCUCAGACACAAGGGAGGAAGACCCCUCAACACUGGGGCAGCCCUGCAAUACGUCAGGGAAAAUGUCUUUACAAACUCCUCCGGGAGUAGGCGUCUGCAAGGUGUUCCACAGAUGUUGAUACUGCUAACAGGGGGAAGGUCGUUCGACAACACAGAUGCCCCAGCCUCUGCUCUCAAACAGCAGGGAGUCUUUGUGAUUGCUAUUGGAUCCGGGACCUCUGACGCUAGAGAGCUUCAGAAGUUAUCAUAUGAGCCUAGUUACGCUCUGUCUGUGUCUGACUUCACUGACCUCCCCAGUGUCCAAGAACAGCUCUCCUCUGUCAUGAGCACAGCGGCAGUAAGGGCCACACCUUUCACCCCAACUGUGACUGUGGUGAGACAACUGGCAGGAAAGGAUGUGGUGUUCUUGCUGGAUGGAUCUGACAGUACAAGAAAUGGCUUUCCAGCUAUGCGAGACUUUGUCCAAAGAGUAGUGGAAACACUGCGUGUGGAUGAAGGCAAAGACCGAGUCUCGGUGGUUCAGUACAGCAGAGAGCCAUCUGUCCAGUUCUAUCUCAACACGUACGCGACCAAAGGCGAGAUCCUCGACACCGUCAGAGGUUUGAGACACAAAGGCGGAAGACCCCUGAACACUGGAGCAGCUCUCCAGUACUUGAGGGAUAACGUCUUUGCGGCCCCAGCCGGAAGCAGGCGCCUGGAAGGAGUUCCACAGGUCUUAAUAUUGUUAAGCGGUGGAAGGUCCUUUGACAGUGUUGAUGCACCAGCCUCUGCUCUCAAAGAGAUGGGUGUUUUGACCUUUGCGAUUGGAAGCAGAGGAUCU